AUGAUCGUUAGUUUUAGUUGUGAUAUGUAAGAAUGUCCCAAAUGAGAGUAAUUUGCCUGUUUCUGGUGUGUGUGUGUGUUACUACUGGAGGUGUGUCAUCAGGAGCAGGGCCUCUGGACAGACUCUAUAACCUCUGGGACUCUGUUGUAUCACGUCAUGUACAAGGAGGAGCAAUGGAGGGUAUCCCACUCCAUAUUGUCGACUAUGAGGCUAUCAGUAAGGAUGGGAACUACACUGCCUUCAUAGAGGGUGUUGCCAAGGUGAACCUGAGUGGUCUGGACAAUAACAAUACCUACGCCUUCUUCAUGAAUGUCUACAAUGCUCUUGCCAUUAAGAUGAUCAUAGACCACCCCUGCGUCCAUCCUACCACUGGGUCCUGCCACCCCAUCAAGAGCAUACGGGACAUUGGUAGUCUUCUCCACCCUGUAUGGGGGUUACCAGCAGGCACUGUGGGGGGUAAGAUGUGGACCCUGGACCAAGUAGAGGGCUUCCUCAGACACCCCCCACAUCCUCUCAAAGAAGACUCUAGACUGCAUGCGUGUAUUGUGUGUGCGUCCAUCUCUUGUCCUAACGUGAGAAUGGAGGCAUACAGAAGAGAGCAGGUGGGGGAACAGAUGGAUAGUCAGGUCAAGGACUUCCUCAGCAACUCAAAGAAAGGUCUGUCUCUGGAUCGCAGUGCCAAUACUCUCACUCUCUCCCCCAUCUUCCUGUGGUUUGCUGGUGACUUUAAAUCGUACGGAGGGGUCAAACAGUUCACCAGCCACUACCUAACUCCCAGUGAUGCAGACUACAUUGCCAAGAACAAUCCUGAACUCCAUUACUUUAGCUAUGACUGGAACCUUAAUGGCGUACCGCCAUGCACAUGUUAGCAACCCUUGGUGUGUGUGUGUGUACGAUUGUAUUUUCUCUAUGUAUUAUUAUUAUUAUUGAUCUUAUGUUCUAAUGA